UUCUAGCAUUUCUGCCAAUUUAUAGAAGAACCCACGGGAAACGCGUGUACAACAAAACCCUUAUUGGUUAGAGAGAGAGAGAGAGAGAGAGAGAGAGAGAGAUGGGUGUUGUGAGCAUGUUGUUGGUCUCCACUGUCACUCCAGCCACUCCCACUUUGCCCAUGAAUCGAAUUCACAAGCUUUCCAAUCUCGAUCUCCAUGUCUCCUUCGAUUACUACACCAAGCAAGUCUACUACUUCCCGCCGCCAGCCCCAAUUGAUGACCCUCAGCACGAGAAACCGAUCGAGGAGAUCGCGAGCAGCUUGAAGGCAUCGCUGUCGCAAACUCUGGUCUUGUUCAAUGUGUUUGCAGGCAGAGUCCGCGAGAAUGGACCUCGGCUGGAAAUCGAGUGCAACGAUCGAGGGGUGCCAUUUCUUGUCGCCACCGCCGACGCAAGUUUCAGCGACUGGGGCGAUCUCGCCCGCUGCUCGAUUGAGCACGAAUUGAAUCCCGGUGAGACUUACAUCACCAAUCCGGUCGACUCGCCGCUUCUCAAAUUCCAGCUGACGAGAUUCAACUGCGGCGGCAUUGCGCUGGGAGUUGUGACCGCCGAGCUCAUCGUCGACGGAUCUUCCUACUUCGAAUUCAUGCGAUGCUGGUCACAGAUCCACAAGGGCUCCUCCCCGCGAGAUCUCACUCCCCCAGUCUUCGAUUCCUCUCUCCUCAAAGCCCGGGAGCCGCCACAAAUCACCAUCCCAGUCCGGGACUACACAUCGUCGCCCAAGCCAUCCACUGAUGCCAUGGGCAAGUCCAGCCAAGAACACAAUGCCUCCGCCAAGCCGACACUCGUCAAGCUCUUCGAGAUGGAUCCCCCGCAAGUGGACAGCCUUAUCCGCGAGAUCCAGUCCGGCCCCUUCGGAUUCGACACCCCGAGCUCGUUCGAGGCCACCUGCGCCAUGAUCUGGAAGGCCAUGACCGAGGCGCGAGGCCUCCCCGACUCCACUCUCACCACCUACGUCUACGCCAUCUCGCUCAAGGCCAAGAACCGAUGGAACCCCCCAAUCCCAGCCGCGUACAUUGGCAACUCGGCUCACUCGCCUUGCCUGUCAGCCAGCGCCGGAGAGAUCAAGUCCAACCAUGUCUCGUACGUGGCACGGCUCUUCCGGCAGGAUAUUCGAACCACCACGCCCGAGCAUAUCCAGUCGGCCAUCGACUGGAUGGAGCUGGAGAUCAUUCGCGGCCGCAAGAUCAACUUCAACUGUGACUUUGUGGGAGGAACCGGGGUCUACAGCACCAGCUUGCACACGUUUCCGGUCUAUGGAGUUGACCUUGGCAUGGGGAGGCCCGUGCAUUAUUCGCUUGUCAUGCAGCCGUGGUAUGGGAAUGGGGUCGCAAUUGUCCUUCCGACGCCCAAGGGCGGCCGGAGCAGACGAUUGCUCGUAUCAUUGCCCCGGGAAGAGAUGCGCAAGCUGUGCGAGAACGAGCUCUUUCAGAAGUUCACCACAGCUGUGUUAUGAUUCUUGUUUGGCGCUGUGUUUGUUCAGCGACUUGUUCUACUGAGAUUUUGCUUUUGAAGGUUUUAUUUGGAUGGUAGACGCCGACCUUCCAGAAUUUCUUGA